AUGGCGAAUUUAGAGUCUGACUCACAGGGCAUGUCGUUUACCCUGAAUUCACACGCCACGGCGUUGUGUUUUAUUCCACCAGAGAGCGAGUGGCCACCGGUUGAUCGUCUUCGCACUCUUUACGACAAGGCUGCCCGCAAGUGGCCUCCCCAUGUCAACCUUGUCUACCCUUUUGUGCAGCCCGAAAGUCUUGAUGCUGCCUCGCAACGCAUUCAGUCCUUUUUGAAAGAUGAACCAGAAGACCCCAUCCACUUUCGUCUUAACACAGCCGGCGUAUUUGCCCAGCGCUAUGAGAAGACCCUCCACCUGAAAGAUGGCGACGAAGGCAGUUGCAUUGAGACUCUGCGCCAUCUGCGCUUCCGGAUCGUAAAGGCCCUGGCAGGAGGUGAUGCGGCCAAGGAAGACUACGAUUCUAACAGCUACCGGAUGCACAUGACCGUGGCACAGAGCAACAACAGCGCAUCAGCGAACUACACGGCUGCGGCCGAGACAGACGUUGCUGCCGGCGCAGCCGCCACGCCGGACGACACACAUGGCCAUGCGCACCGCUUCUUGCUGCAUAAGGUCGAGCGAGUGCCACCCGUCACAUGGACGGCCGACCGGCUGCACAUUGUUUUGCGCGAGCGGCUCACAAAGACACGAGGCAAUCGUAGGGAUGCGGAGGUCGUCGCCACAUCAAGCCGGAUGCGCUUAUGGGGCGUCAUCUACUUGGAUGACGGGCGGAUCGAGAAGCUCAGCCCGACACAGACGUUUUACGACGAGUUGCCGUUCGACGCAGACAGAACAUCCGGGGACGUUGAGACGGACGAAACGGGCAACGUGUACGCAGAUCAGGAGCGUGACAGCGAGCUGCCCGCCUUCCAGUGUGUCACGUUUGCUCCAGAAGACAACGAAUGGAUCCGCUGCUCGGAUGAGCACGACCUUUACACCUCGCUUGCCUCCGUUUCACCCACCCCCGGCGCGCUCUCGGUCGCCACAUACAAUGUCCUGGGCGAAUUCGAGUGGCCACCUGUGGAAGACCGUUUCCCGCUUUUGAUUAAGAACUUGCUGGCCACCAAUGCUACGGCGGACAUGCUGGUCUUGCAAGAAGUGACGGACCACUUUCUCACCGCUCUGCUCGGCGACGACGGCAUACGGUCUGCGUAUCCCUUUGCCUCCCACGGUCCUCCAGACCAGGAAGACAUGGAACCGCUGCCGAGUCUGCUGAACAUGGUCGUGCUGAGCCGGCGACCGUUUGCCUGGUCGUGGUUGGGCCUCCACCGAGCUCACAAAGGCGCAUUAAUUGCACGAUUCGAUCGAGAGGACGGCGACGUAGAAGAUGAUAACGACGACGAGGACAGGGACGAGGACGGCAAGAAGUACGGCCUCGUUUUGGCCACGGUCCAUCUCACCCACGGCCUCACCAACGGCUCGGUCGCCAGCAAGCGCGCCGAGCUGCAGCGGUUAUUUGGCCAUUUGGAGCGGUACUACCCGUCUCAUCGCGCUGAUGCGGUUGUGGUUGCGGGUGACCUCAAUAUCCACUCCUCGUCCUUUGCCAUAGAGGCGGCCAUUCGCCGCAAAGGCAUCUCAGCACAGACCGCGCGGUACGUCGAGACUGGAUUCGACGAGCUGUUUGCCCAAUACGGCUUCACCGACACAUAUUGCGCGACACAGACGCUCAGCAAUAUCCAUGGCCAAGACGACGAAAGGCCCGCGUCGGAUGAAGCGAAGCACGAUCUGCGGCACGACAACGGCGAUAUUCUCCUGUAUGACGGCGAAGAGGGUGCGACAUACAACCCGUUCACAAACGCGCUUGCGGCUCGAAUUGUUGGCAGUGGUCUCAAUACGCGGCCGGAACGCUUCGACCGUAUCUUGGUUCGUGGCGGUGCCAAAGACUACAUGAACGAGCAUGACGGCGACGGCCAGGAGGACGAAUAUGGCCGAAGCCAGUAUCGUAUUGCUGGCUACAACUCGUUUGGAUUCCCUUCCGCCAGCAUGGACCACAGCUCUGCGAGUGAUUACGCAAGCGACCACUGGGGCAUCCGCUGCUCCUUUGAGCCUGCUGGCGAUGAAGACGAGGAGGGCGACGAUGAUACCGCAGCCACGACACUGGCCAUCGCCAAAGAGGCUGUCGAGGCCGAAGCCGAACGGCCAGAUAUUUCCGCUGAUAUAGAGAAGCUGAUUGUACCUGUUCUGCCCCUCCGGACUCCUGCUGGACCUCUCGUCGAUGGCGGUACUGCCGCUGUCACGUCUGCACUCACGAAGCUCGAUGUCAUCCCGUCAGACGACGAAAUUUCCCGCCGGAAGGCCGCCUUCGACCGCCUCAAGGCUAUCAUUCUGGACGAGGAGGCUGGCAUAGAGCCUGCAAAAGCCAACGCCAGGUCCCGUCAGCUGGUUGUUGUUGCCGUUGGGUCCUACGGCCUCGGUGUCUGGACCCCGUCCUCCGACAUGGACUGUCUCUGCAUCGGCCCGUUUGGCUCACAGACUUUCUUUGCUUUGGCUACACAGAGGCUGCGAGCGGCUGGUAUCGCUUCCGCUGGUGCAGGCGGCGAUGCAGCGGACGCCGUCAAGAUUAUCCGCCGUGUUCGUGCUCACACCGGCACGAUGCUGGAGCUCGAGAUCAACGGCAUCCGUAUGGACCUCCAGUACUGCGGUGCCGCCGUCAUCGCUGAGACCUGGCCUGCCGUACUCGUGCUGCCGCAAACGCACCCCGUUUUUGCACUUUCGCCUCAGACACUGUCCAAGCUCAAGGCAGCUCGCGACCUCUACUAUUUUCGCAAAUCGUUCCCAGACAUGGCCGCCGACACUGCAAAAAUCUGCUCAGCCAGCAACUUCCGCACUGCCCACCGUGCCAUCAAGACCUGGGCACGCGCCCGGGGCCUGUAUGCCGCACGCUUUGGCUACCUCGGCGGUAUCCAGAUCGCGCUCCUCCUGGCGCGCGUUAUGAAGCUGAUGCAGCGUGCAGUCGACAAGGCUACGGAGGACGUUGGUGAUGCCGCUUCCGACAAUGCAGAGGAGUACACUGUUGCCGAUAUCCUAGUCACCUUUUUCCAGCACUACGCCGACUUUGACUGGACGACCAAGAUGGCGUUCGAUCCCUUUUUCCACAACCAAAAGGCGCCGUACGCCCCGUCCAGCCGCGAACCCCUGGCCAUUCUCGGCUACCACCGCCCGCAGCUCAACACCAGCAUGGCCGCCUCUGUGCCGUCGGUCCGCGUUCUUUCGGACGAAUUCAAGCGGGCCGCCAGCCUGUUGCGCGAGGGCAAGGACGGCUUGACGUGGUCUGCCUUCUUUGAUGGUGGACGUUCCACGAUCCCGCCGGCCUUGCUCGCUGGUCCAGCCGAGUUUGUCCGCGCCUACCGCUCCUACAUCAAGCUGGACCUGCAGUACUGGGGGCUGUCGCUGGCGCGCGGAUCGUCGUUUGUGGGCUGGCUCGAGUCGCGGUGCGUUCUGCUCUUGGUCGACCUGGCCCGGCGCCUGCCGACUCUGAAUGCCCGCAUCUGGCCUGGCCGAUUUGUUCAGGCGGAAGAGGAGUCUGAAGCGAAGGCAAAGAACACGGACGACGCCGACGAAACCCGCCAGUACCAGGGCUGCUACCUGGUCGGUCUCGACCUUCCGGCGACUAUGACGCGUGACGAGCGUCGCAUUGCCCUGGGGACGCUGCAAACGAUCCUGGCGCACUUUGAGAAGCAGAUCCGGCGGGGCGGCGAUGGUCACACGAACGCCGGCCACUUUGACCCGCAGUGGCAGUGGAUCGAUGUGAGCGUUGCCAACCGUGCGGAUCUGGGAAAUGUAGACCGGCUGCGCCUCGACGACCGUGCUUGGGGCCAGUACACUCCCGGUGACGAGGAGAGCGACGAUGACGACGAUGAGGAGGAGACGGAGGAGGGAGCGGUGGAGAGCGAGGAGAGCGGCGGCAAGGACGACGGAGAGGUGACGCACAACGAAGAUGGCGAGAAAGUCGAGUCCGGCGAGGAGGGCAAAACCAAGAAAGGCAAAGGCGGCAAGAAGAACGCGAAGAAGCUGCCUCUGGCGGUAGCGCACCGUCCCGGGGGCGGCAAGUUCCGCACCGCACAGGAUGUCAUCAAGCGCCUGCGCUGGGACCCGCACCUUGACCGCAGCGACUUUAUCGUGGGCUACGAGGACCGGUUCCUGGGCGCGCGUGAGCGGCCGCUGGAGUCGUGGAAGUCGGAGCAGACGCACGAGGAGUUCAUCCCGCAGCACCGGAUCCUGUACUUUAAGCGACGCAGCGACGGCGUUGUGGUGUGGGACAGGCGGACACGGAAAGACGACGUGUUCGGGAGUGGUGUGUCAGGAGCUAUCUAA